CUCUCCUCCACACCACAUACAGUUCCACUUUUCCCCUCUUUAUUACCACCAUUUCCUCUCCUCCUCCCCAGCUCUGUUCUUCAACUCUCUCUCUCUCUCUCUCUCCUCUGAAACCUCUGUUUCUCUCUCUACAGAACCAUGCUUCUCAAGGCUUCUCCCGCUUCUUCUCUCCUCGGCACUCGCGGGGAGACUCUGCUUCCCCUGAACUCUCCCAACUCUCUGUUCUCGACUCUCCGGUUCUCUCCGGAGAGAAACGGAAGCGGGUUCUCGGUCUGCGCGGCGUCGAAGGGCUCCGACAGUCGGCCCCUCACCGGCGUCGUCUUCGAGCCCUUCGAGGAAGUCAAGAAGGAGCUCGAUCUCGUCCCCACCAUUCCGCAAGUCUCCAUCGCUCGCCAGAAGUACACCGAAGAGGCCGAAGCCGCCGUUAACGAGCAAAUUAAUGUGGAGUACAAUGUUUCGUACGUUUACCAUGCCCUGUUUGCCUACUUCGAUCGGGACAACGUCGCGCUCAAGGGUCUUGCCAAGUUUUUCAAGGAAUCCAGUGAAGAAGAGAGGGAACACGCUGAGAAAUUGAUGGAAUAUCAGAAUAAGCGUGGUGGGAAAGUAAAGUUGCAGUCUAUUUUGAUGCCCCUCUCCGAGUUUGAUCAUCCAGAGAAAGGAGAUGCUUUAUAUGCAAUGGAGCUUGCAUUAUCCCUGGAGAAGCUGACGAAUGAAAAGCUCCUCAACUUGCACUGUGUUGCUGACUGUAACAAGGAUGUGCAGUUGGUAGAUUUCAUUGAAAGUGAAUUCCUGACUGAGCAGGUGGAAGCCAUCAAGAAAAUCUCAGAAUAUGUUGCCCAACUGCGGAGAGUCGGCAAAGGACACGGAGUUUGGCACUUUGAUCAAAUGCUGCUCCACGAGGAGGAAGCUCUUAAUGGAGCUGCUGCGUAAUAAGGAGUCCAUUUUCUUUUUCUUUUUUUUUCUUUUCACUACCACUUCGGAGGGGUUUCUACAUGGUUUACCAUGUUAAAUAGUUCUUGUUCAGAGAUUGUUUUCAAACUUAGUACCGUUUGUUAGAUUUACCAGUGAGAAUGCGCAUGGAUUUAAGCUUUAGUCCAGAUAAUCAUAGAUGUAAAAUCAGUGAGUUUUCUUUGCGACUACUCUUCGGUUCUUUUCAUUUAAAUCUAGUAUGCUCGUCUUGAUUGA